AGCGUCCUUCACGACCAAAACAUCAACAUACCAACAUUCAUUGCACUUUUGCAUUCCUUUUUGCACCUUUGGCUGUUUUAUAAAUUGCCCCUUCUCUUCCUUCCACUACAUAAGCACCUAAAGAAAUAUAUUUGAGCAAAAAUGCCUGUGAAAAGCUCUAGAACGAGGAGAUACAAUUCGGAAUACAAAAGUCAUUACAAGAAGUUUUCAUCAAAAAGGCCAGAUACAGUAAAGGGAGAGAUUACAAGAUCAGUCAUUCCAUAUGAUCAACAAAGCCAUGUAUCAACUCCAAGAGCUGGCUUACAGUCUAUACAACUUGGAGUUAUUCAUGAGCCACCAUUGCAGAGAAAGAAAAUAGUUCCAUACGAGAAAAAUCAUAAUAUCUUCCCUACUGGUACAAUAAAGGAGUUAUCAGAACGAGAAUGGCUACAGGCUGASAAUACUGCCAGAGAGUAUGAAAAGCAGCAACACCUCAAAAAAUCCACCCKGCCCAAAACCAAGCCACAAGAAAGYCAAGAGUCCCCUCUUUUAGUAGCUGAGAAGAAAUUGCUAAGGUCUGCUCCAGCUAAAGUCGUCGGAUACAACUAUAUUUCUGAUGGUGUCAAYAGAAGAAGCACAUAUACUCAGGACUUUGCAGAAAAAGGAAGAAGAAGUAGAGAUAAAAUGAACAGAGAGAAGUCGCCAAUAAGAAAACCAAAACCAGCUGUCGGAGGAACAAAAUCUGGAGUAUCUCCUGAUAGAUUACCUGCUGCUGGGGUGCGCACUAUGACAAGUUUAGGRGAUAAACGACUUUUAAAGCCAUCAGAUAACUCACAGUAUAUGAAGUCGCUUGAAAGAGAAGAUAAAAGGGUGUAUGACUCUGAGUAUAGCAGUCGAUUCAAGUUCAUAAAUGGCACCUGGAUUGAAUCACCUGAAUUUCAAGGACGUCCUAGUCCAGAUUAUCCGUCAAAAUCCAAAAUGAACUGGUAUAAGGAGGUGAUUAGCAGGCGCAAUGAAGCUUAUGGAUAUGCCCAUCAAGCCAGGGGAACUCAUUUUUCUCGUGAGGAACUUGACCGUCAAAAUAGGCUGAAUGCAUACCAAAAUGAUGACGAUGAUUACUCUGCAUCAGUUGUCUCAGAGCACUCAAGUAAAUCAUCAAAGAAAAAUGACAAAGUCCACAGGAAAAAGAAAGAAGUGCCAAGAGAAGCUGAAAGACCACCUGUCAAAAAAGAAGCCUGGUCAAAACGACCACCUUCACCUGUAGAAUCAAACGGCUCAUUCUCUACUUCYUAUACGGAUGCMACCGAGACUGAAAAUGGGCAGUUUAUACUUGAACGUGGACGCUCUCCAACUCCUGAGRUAAGAGAAGCRGGKCAAUCUAGGAGACAUCACUAUGACAUGACCACAAARAUUCUGAAUGAAAAGUUGGAAAAAUCUCUGACCUUCUCACCCASURAMCYAGAAAAACCUYUAAAACAGAAUGGAAAGAACAAAGCUAGUCUUUCAACAAGUUUAAAGAGUCAAGAUGGGUCAUAUGUUCCCAGGCAAAAGCAAAGAGAUGAUGAUGUAAUGUCUGAAAGAUCRAUGACCAGUAGAGCAUCAACAGCUUCAGAAACAUUAGAACGAGCAAGAAACAGAAGAGAUUUCUGGUCAAAUCAAAAUAAAAGACUUGAGUUUGAAGACUAAAAGAGCCUAAAGUGGACAUUUAUACAUGUACAAAUCAAAAAUAAUUUGUUCGUUUGAAGUAUUGAUUAACAAAACCCACAAUGGUGGGCGGCAUUCAAACAUUUUUUGUCAAUAAUUGUGAUGUCAUUAGUUGUAAUUUGUGAUUGCUUAAAAAGUGACGGUUUUAGCUAAAGUAUAGUGUGAUCUAUGGUCUUGAUGAUUUAUAUAAAAAAAAAUAUACGAAUUAUAACAUUUUUCAAAUAAAUCUAUAUAUUUUUAUCUUUUUAAGAUGAAAUAAAGUUGAAAAUAARUUUAA